GUAACACUGUUGUAGCUGAUAGCUCGUUAAUGUUCGUUGGAAGUUUUGCAUCUCAGUUUUUUUGCUCAAAAAUAUGUCUAGCAACGAGGAAAAUCAUUCUGAGAAUACCCAGGAGACUGAAGAAUAUAAUCCCGACAAUGAAGAAGUAUCAAACGUCGAAAAUAACCUAUAUUUAGAUGAUAUAUCGCCACAAUCAGAUGUCACAUUUAAUGCAAACGAUACCCAAAAUUUAGAACAUGCUUCGUCGAGGUAAAGUUGCAAAUUAAUACCUUUAAAUGAUUCUAAUUGUUCGACUUUAAAAUAACGAAAAAUAGAAAGCUAUUUCUAGUAAAAGUGUAAGGUUUAUUAAUAUACGAAUGCCGUCUAGACUAAAUAUAUUUUUGCCGCAAAAUGCGACUCGCGGCCGGUACAAAAUUAUACCGAUUACCGGGUUUUGAUUGCUUAUUCCUAGAAUUUCGUGAGCUAAUAUUAUUAUCAGUAUUUAUUUAUUACAAACUUGGAAGGCCUUUGCAAGUAGCCCUCCUUGACUAAUUAAACACUUAUGAUUAUACAGCUAUUUCAAUAUACCAAGGUCGGUCCCAAAACUAAAGUAUAAUGGGAACAAGAUAUUUUAUACAGUGUGAAAUGUGUUAUAAACCCGGGAAUACCCGGAAAUUGUCAAAACAAAAAGAAGCUAUAGUCAUAGGUUAGGUACCUAAACAGUUAAAAAUAUUAAUUUGGUAUGGGUAUCUUGCUGUUCACGCGACAACCUUAAUUGAAAACUGCAUAUUCCCUCUGGUAUAUUCCACUGGUAUAUUCCCGUGUUCAGGCCAAUAUAUUUGUCAUCAGUUCAACUGGAGUACAUAGUCAUGGUUGUACAUUCAAGUACUAUUUGCUAAGACAUGCCUAGGAGUGUUUUAUCAUAUUUAAAAUGCGAGUACGCAGCACGAGCAUUUUAGAUAUGAUACAACGCGACUCAAGUGUUUUGAAUAGCUUCAAACACAACCACAAUAGAUGCUGUCUCAUUUAUAGUAUUCUUGCUUUGAAUAAAUACUAAUUAGGAUGGACUUUUAUAUAACUAAAUACUAAUAAAGAUGUGUUGUUUAAUUCCUACAUCAGAUAUAAAGCCUCUUCAUGUGACAUAUUAUGGUUGACAUGAUUUGCCAAUGACCAUGAGCUUAUUAAUUAAUGAGUGUUUGAAGACGUUUUAAGUCCAGGAACAGUUGCAAACACUAGGUCCUCUGGCAGGAAUUGAACCUGCAUCCUGGAGAUUCCAGUGCAGUGCUCUAACCAACUGAGCUACAGAGUCCAGUUGUCAAGCUCUAACCACAAGUUCAUGUGACCUGUUUCACAGGGGCUCAUCUCCGGCACGCAUGAGCAGAGGUAAGACACUGGGAACGAGGUUGAAGUUCAUGUAUAUAUAGAUUUUCAGGUGUGCGGGUUGUGAUAAGGGGAACUUGAGAGAUGUUUUUUAGCACUUCACUUCCUACUUAGGCAUGCGAGGAAGCAAGAAGUGAUUAAUUAUGCAUAUUAAAGUUUCCUUAGAUAGAAAGAUUCUUUUAUUUAACACCUGCCCUUUUUUAUGUUUUAAUUAUCUGCAUAAUAUAUCCUAUUUCUUCACACAAGUCUGUUAAACUGACUUACUUAUUAUCAUGGCUUUUUUACCUUUUUGCUAUACAUCAGAUGAUUUUCUGAUCGUCCAUAUUCAAGAAUACAGCUCCUCUGCAGGUUAAUAUUAUCUAGUGCAAAUCCUCAUUCAACCCCUCUCAAAUAAGAAGUUUUAAAAGGUUUUCUCUGAUAUAACUUGUUGAGCCCUAUUUAGCACACCUCAUCUUUAUUAACCCUCACCUUUUUCAUUCUCACUCUUUUUUAAGCCCCCUCUCUGUUAUUAAACCCCUAUCUCUAUUAACCUCUUACUCUUUUCAAACCCCCUUUUUAUUAGUCCCCCUCUCUAUUAAGAACUCUCAAUUAAUCCCUCUAUUAACCAGCCUCCCCCCUUCUAUUAAAUAUCUCCUCAAUUAACACAUUGCUCUUUCACUUCUUUCUAUUAGCUCCCCUCUUUUAAGCCUGUGACUCUCUAUUAAGCCCUUGUCUAUUAAAACCCUACCCCCCACUAUGUGGAAUGAAUCUCCUGAAAAUCCUCAUUUCCGUCACCUUCUCAGAAAAGCCGUUUGUAUAAUGGGAAAAAUAAUCCCUUCUCUAUAUUGCAAUCUUCCCCUAUCACAAAAGAUAAAUAAAUAUGUAUUGAUCAGAUUUAUUAAUUCGCCUGGAUUUUGCAUUAGUUUACUUCCUUUUUUGGGAAUGUAACUGUAACUGUAACUAGUUCCAAAAAAUGAGUAACUUUUACAGCACUGGUAUUACACACACUAACCCUAACCCCACCCCUAACCCCACAGUGUUACAUAGUAUUACAUAGUGUUACACACACUAACCCUAACCCCACCCCUAACCCUACCCUACCCUAAAUAAAGAUAGUGUAACACUUGUAACACUGUUAUCCGAGUAUAUACCCAAUAAUACACCCUAAAUCAUGCAUCAUCCAAGUAUGCCUGAAUUAAGGGGAAAGUGUUGAGCUUUAAUGGUUUGAAUAUUUCUGUUCUAAGUAGCGAUGAUCACGGUGGCAAGAUCACGACAGAACAGCUCCCACAAUUUGAAUCAGAACCCACAGACGAAGAACGGCGCGCAGAAUGUCGGCGAGAGAAAAAACGUUGUCACGAACCAACGGACGAGGAAGACGGACCAGUAAAAGCCAAAGGUGCUGCCAAGUCAACGGACACCAGUCAUGAUUCGACGGCUCAAUCUGGCACCGUCAUGUCUACUAUUAAGAAGUUAAUUAAAUCUGGUAAAAUUUCAGUAUUCAUUUGUCAGUUCAACACGGUUCUUAAAGUCUUUAUAAGCUCCUCUGCGCUGUUAUUAACUGUUCCGGUAUUGUUAGUAGCUUGUCUAGAUCUGCUUCAAGAGAGCCUGCUCGCAGGCUAGUUAAAAGACUGUUGCACGCUCUUGAAAGCUGUUGUAAGUUGUUGUGAACUACUUGCCAGAAUGCGAGGUACAUUACGUCGUUUUCACGUCGUCUUCGACGUCCGGUCACAUGUUUCCAAAUCCGUCUAGUUUACUAGUGGGAUGAAACGCCGAUGAGAGUUGGCAGUCCCACAUCAUAUAUUCAUCAAACCUUUACUUUGUCAUUUAAUCUAGAGCUAAAAUAUCCCGUGUGACAAUGCCUGCCUGCCAACUCUUAUCAACUUUCUUCCUCGUAUUUUUCCUUGUGUUGAGCCAUACGAUCUCUUCUCCUUUUGCGUUCAGGUUCACUUAUAGAAACGUCAAUAAAUAAUACUCUAUGUCAAUCACUAUACAGUACGUAUAGUUGAGGUGCUUUAAUAAAAUUUCACAAUUGUGCAUUCUUUGCACAGACACAAUGAUCAGAUGCCGGUCUUUGAAGAAAACGUCGAAACCUGAUUGUGAAAGUUAAGCUUGCCAAGGCAUUUUUUAAUACCAUGGACUGGUGGGGCAUUUGCCCCACUGGGCCCCUUCCUCUGCCCCACCACUGAAGAAAAAAAAUGGCCUAUUGCCCCAAAGCCAGGGCCCUAAAAACAUUUGUUGGUGAUUAUACUUAAAUUUCUGUUGUGUUUGAAUGUUUAGCAUGCAAUUUAUUACAAAUUUCACCAUUAAAACUUUGUUUUGAGAAGCUGAGAUUUUUUUUAAAAUGUGUUCUCAGAAAGCAGGAAAUGCUAUUUCAGAGACACAGGAAAUGCUAUUUAACUCGUGCCUGCGGUACUCGACUCACACCUUCGGUGAUUGCAUACUAUCCUGGGGGGGGGGGGCAUGCCCCCAGACCCCCUAGCUAACUCGUGCCUGCGGUACUCGACUCACACCUUCGGUGAUUGCAUACUAUCCUGGGAGGAGGGCAAGGAGAAAAUGGGCCCUUUAGCAGUUUUGUCCCACCACUUGCUCUGUUCUAUAUUUUUGUUGCUAGGUCAUGAUGGUAGCAGAAACUAUCGUCAAAAGUUCACAUCCUCCACGUAUAAAGAUCGUAUUGCUCCUGACUACAUGUACCCCAUGACCCAUAGCAAUCGUGGUAAAGCCUUUAUCAUAAACAACAAAACCUUCCUACCCUUGUCUGGCAUGGACGAAUACCCUCGCAAAGGCACAGAUAUCGACGCCGAAGACCUACGCAAGUUGUUUAAUGAUUUGGGAUUUGAAACUAAAGUCUAUCAUAAUAAAACUUCAAAAAAGAUUAUGAAAAAAUUUGACAAAUAUGCUGCAAUGGACCAUACUAACUAUGAUUGCAUUAUUUGUGCUGUUUUGACGCACGGUAAAGAAGGGUUGAUAUAUAGCACUGAUGGCCAGAUAACGAUUAAAGAGUUAACAGCCAAGUUUCGAUGCAAAAGCCUUCAUGGUAAACCCAAGUUGUUUUUCUUUCAAGCAUGUCAGGGUAAGUGUGUUUGUCAGUUGUUGUACGUUCAGAGCCUUUGAAAUGUCAAACUGUUUUCAGUCAUUUUUAGGUAGUUCAAGAACAAACAAUGCCUGCUUAUCACCUAAACUAAUCCACGUUUGGGAUAUCUUUUUCAGGUAGUUUAGACACAAACAACGACAGCUUAUUAUAGAAUACUACCUACACUGAACCACCACGUUUGAGAUAUCUUAAUCGGGUUCAGACACAAACCACGGCAGCUUACUGUAGAAUACUACCUGCACUGGACCACCACGUUUGAGAUAUCUUUUUCAGGUAGUUCAGACACAAACCACGGCAGCUUAUUGUAGAAUCCUACCUACACUAGACCACCACGUUUGAGAUUGUCAAUAAUUGUCAAUCACAUGCUAUGAUAGGUGUUGAAUACAUGGACGGUCAUGAGGAAACGGAUGGAGCAGGUCAGGACAAUCCAUUAGAUGUAGUUGAUGGUCCAGGCCCUUCAGACAACAACAAAAUAACACUCCCAAUCGAAGCAGACUUCAUGUAUGCUUACUCCACCGUACCUGGUUACUAUUCCUGGCGUAAUUCUGAAAGAGGAUCCUGGUUUGUGCAGGCGAUCGUGUCUGUGUUCCGACAGAAUGCCUUGACGAUGGAUGUCCUACGAAUGAUGACACUUGUCAAUGCUGAAGUGGCAAAGCAAAAGUCGAACACAACUAAAGAAUUCUCAAACAACAAGAAGCAAAUACCGUCGAUUAUUUCACAGCUGAGAAAGGAGUUGUAUUUCUUUCCAGAUGAAGUCAUGGAAGGUCAGUUUUUGAACAUUUUAUCUGCAUGAUUCGACUGCUAAGGAAUAUUCUUCCUCUUGGCAACUUACAUUUUUGGUUAGCUUGUAUACCUAGUCAUCACUGUUCUGAUAAUGUAAGCACAGAAUGGUAAAAAGGUAUAUAACCAAGCAUUUAAUUUGUUUACCCCUCGAGUAAGUUAAUUGUUCAAUUUAGAUUACAAAUUGUAAUUUUUUUGUGGUUUUGUAUGUACAACGUAAUCUUUGUCUUGUAAUGUUUUGGUGGGACUUAAUAAGGGACUCAUGGUCUGUUGUCCUUACCAUCGAUCUUUUUUAUAUGAUUGUUAAGGAAUUUCGUAAGAAAAAAGUUAUAUAUGUGUGUGAAUUGAUAACUCACAUGCCUAGUUACCACUGUUCUGAUAAUGUAAGUAUAGAAUGGUACAAAGGCGGAUUUUCAUUUAUUUAAGAGGAGGGGUAGAAUUCUGGUGGGGUGCAAGCGACACCAUUCAGUGAGCUUCGGCAGGGGCUAGGCGUUUGGGUUAAAGCCUUUCACACAAACUAGGAAGGGUGAAGCGAAAUUUUGGUGGGGUUGAACACUUUGUUAGAGUGGUCAGAGAAAUUCUAGGGGGGGGGGGGGGUAACCUCCCAGUAAAUCCGUCCAUGAUUAACCUGAUAUGCAAUUAGCUGAUAACUGGUCUAGAACAUGAUUGACUAGUUAAUUAAAGAUGGCAGCUGAGUACAUGAGUUUGUAGCCGUAUUUUUAUAUUUUACAGAUGUUCAUGGUGACAUCACAGAUGCGACCGUUCACAAAAAAUGAUGGUUCACACAAGAAACAUUGUUGUUGAAAUGAUUCUUAGAAAUUUGCAAUGGUAGAUGAAUGAAUGAUGAAACUGACAGAAUGCAUGAAAGAAAAAGGUUCCUACAACAUAUAUACACAGCAGGAGCCAUCGAGGCGAAAAAUAGAGAACAGCACAAUGUCAGAGGUUUAGAAAUAAACAACUAAUGAUUAACGUUUUCACUGCAACAUAGUUGACAACACACAUAAUUUGCAUGCACCGAGCGUUUUGUGACCCUUUUGUAUAUUGAAUAAAAUUAUCAUUGAUG